AUGAGCAACCGUAGCGAUCUCAGCAACAAAACCGUGGAUCCGAAGAUGGUGGAACGGCGUCGCCGAAAUGCCGAAGCUGCGCGUCGAUAUCGUGCUCGACGAACACCAGAAGAUCGCGAAAGGCAUCGACAACAAGAGCGUAUACGGCGUCGUGAGAGGCGGCAACGUUCGACUGCACCUUCGACGUCAAUGCCAGCACUUCGGCAAAGAUCAGAACCUGCAACCGUUGUUGUAAAUGAACUUGACGUGCCUUCAACACCUGCAUGGGGAGACCGCGACGUUCCGCAACUACGACCGGUGUCUUCAGUGACUCAGGAAAGCUUAUUAGAGCGACUGCGUGGAGCGUUGGGCGCGUCGGGAUUGGAUGAGACAGUGUGCGCAGUGUGCGAUACAUGGGUUCUACGUACACACUGCCACACCGUUGUCGUCUCAGAGUUUGUUCAAAUGAAUGACAUUCAAACGCUUUUGAGCAGUCGAGACGAAAAUCUCAUUCCACCUCUCGUGAGUGAGUAUGAUUGUUCAAGUAUGCUCCCUGAGCUCGAGGGCAUCCUGCUUUCUAAGCGUGGAGUUGAUCAAGCGGGCCGUAGUCUUCACGUUUGUAAUCUGUGCGAUGAUAGCUUGAAAAAGCGGGAGAUUCCAAAGUUUGCAAUCAAGAACGGGUUUUGCAUCAGUUCACUGCCGACCAAUCUGCAGCAGGCGACGUUACCCGAACGUGUGAUGACUCAGCUCGUCUCUGUAAUGGCCGUCACCAGGGUCAUGCGUGGAGGUGCACAUCGCGCGAUUCGUUCUCAUUGUCUUACGUUUGACGCGACGCCGGGACCACAAGCGAUGUUGUUGCCGACGACAAUGCGCGGCGUGACUUCGUAUCGUGUCGUCAUGGCGGGGCCAUUCACUACCAUCCAACAAGCUCGUGUACGAAAGAUGCAUCGCGUGCGACGAACAAUGGUCGAGGACCUGCUGCGGUUUUAUCGUAUCCAUAACUCGCUCUACGAGCACAUAGCUGUCGAUUGCUCACAGCUAGCCGAAGACGAAGUUCCAGUUGAUAUGUUGAGUGAAGAACCAGACGCUGCAAUCGAGGCAGAAGACGUUGAUGUAGAAGGCAGCCGCGUUGGGGGCGUCUUCGCCAGCGAGUCUACUGUCGUCGAGGAUGAAGUGGCGGAGCGGCGCGUGGUGUUCGUGUCUGAAGAUCGCGAGGUCGCUACUAGGAGUGAGUGUUCGGCCACCGACGACCGCACAGGUUCAGCUGAGAGUGCACAUACGGCUGUUGAGUUCUUGAACGAGACUUCGUCAGCUCCGCAAUUCUUAGUUCGUCACUCUAGCCGGUUUUCCUCGAGCCGUAAAGAGCUUUUUGCUCAGAUGUUCCCCCACCUUUUUCCAAACGGCCGCGGUCACCCAGGCGAGACGCGGCCCGUUCCAGUAUCACUUGAAGCUUGCAUUCGUCACUAUGGUAUGCUGAGCUCACGGCGGUUUGCUGAAGACGAACUGUUCAUGCUAGUUGCCUUCGACCACAUAUCGUUAAAGAAAAUGUACACUCAAGUGGCGCUCAAGUGCAAACGGAACCCCGCACUUUUCGAGCCUUUCAGUGACAUGUCGGAGGCAGACUUGGCGCAGGCGCUCAAGCAGAAAGAGUUUUACCGGCAAGGUCAAACGCGUGCGUCUCGUGGCGAGCAGUCGAUUGCAGAGAGACUGCUGCACUCAGUCGAUAUCAGCGGAGGAACGAUCUGGGUAGGUGACGUUGAAUUCAUGCUGCUCUACUUUUUCUUGCACGAAACAGUAUCGUACGUGUAUAUGUUUUGA